CGUUGCCGGAAGCGCCGGGGCGGACGGCGUUCGCGAGGGACCGGGCCGCUUCCGGCGCGGCACAAUGGCGGGGCGGCGGUGAGGGCAGGGGUGGCGGCGACGACUGCCACCGCGGCCGGGUAUGAAUCAUUAAAUUGAAUGGCAAUAACAAUGGGAGAUGCUGCAAAACCUUACUUUGCCAAACAAAAUAAGGAACAGGAAAUUUUGCAUGAAGAAGAAUUAAAAGGGAAUCCCUUACAAAAAGACUACCAAGUCAUGGAUGAUUAUGGAAAUGGGCAUAGCAAUAAAAUAGAUAUCAGCCUUCAGAAGAAAAAGGGAACACCAGCUCAUUAUGGAAAUAGUCCCAGACGAGGGCCACGUAGUGUUUUGAACAGCCCAAAUUUGAUUAAAAACAUGACUCACAAUCAAGGGUCAAAGUUACUUGAUAUCCAAAAAGACCAAGUGAGGAAGUGGAUAUCUGAUGACCAUCGUGGUAGUUCUGACAGCUGGAGAGAGUACAGGUCUGCAGUCUGGACUCCCAUACUUAAUCGGACAAGAAAGGACUCUUUUCAGGAGGUUGAUGGUGCCGGAAACAGAAAUGCAAGAAGACAACUUCAGAAAGACUUAACAAGUGAAGACAUUUCAGACAUGCAGAAAGGAAGCUCUGAAAUGAAGAAGCAUAGGAAACCAAGGAGAUCAAGAAGAACUAGAAAAGAUGAGUAUGAUCAAGAUGAAGAGGUGGAUGGUCCUGUCAUAGAUGAAUCUGUGCUGUCGGCAAAGGAACUUCUCGGGUUGCAGCAAGCUGAAGAAAGAUUGAAGCGAGAUUGCAUUUAUAGACUGAAGAAGCGACCUCGAAGCUACCCAUCAGCAAAAUAUACCUGCAAAUUGUGUGACGUUUUGAUUGAGUCAGUGGCUUUUGCUUAUAAGCACAUGAAAGAGAAAAGACACAAGAAAAGCAUAAAGGAAAAGCAAGAAGAACAACUGUUGACUACGUUGCCUUCUCCAACACUUUCCCAAAUACGAGCUAUUGGUAUCGCCAUUGAAAAUGUAGUGCAAGAGUUUGGCUUAAGUAAUAAAGAUUUAGAAGAAAGACUCAAAAUUAAAACGGCAAUGGAAAAGUUACUGCAUCAAAAAUUGCCAGAGAGCUCAUUAAGAUUGUAUGGCUCCUCCUGUAGCAGAUUUGGUUUCAAAACUUCAGACAUAAACAUAGAUAUCCAGUUUCCUGCCAAUAUGGCUCAACCAGAUGUUCUUUUACUUGUGCAAGAAAGUCUAAAGAAUAGUGAAUCUUUUAUUGAAGUUGAUGCAGAUUUCCAUGCUAGAAUACCAGUGGUGGUGUGCAGAGAAAAACAAAGCGGUCUUACUUGUAAAGUAAGUGCAGGGAAUGAGAAUGCUUGCCUGACAACAAACCAUUUGGCUACUCUUGGGAAACUAGAACCUACUGUUGUACCUUUAGUGAUUGCCUUCAGGUACUGGGCAAAGCUGUGCUGUGUUGAUCGUCCUGAAGAAGGAGGCUUGUCACCUUAUAUAUUUGGUUUAAUGGUUAUCUUCUUUCUGCAACAGAGGAAGGAGCCAUUUCUACCUGCUUAUUUGGGAUCAUGGAUUGGAGGAUUUUCAUUAAACAAAUUAAUAAAUUUUAAUCUUAAAGAAGUUGAGAAUGAUACUGUGGUUUGGGAGCAUAACCCCAUUGAUGAUUCUGAUUUGCUGAAAGAAACUUCUCCUAAAAAGGGAAAGGUUCCCUUAGUAUUUGAUUCAGGACACCAGUGUUCAGCACCAGUUGGGCAGCUCUGGGUAGAGCUGCUUCGUUUCUAUGCCUUGGAGUUUAAUUUGGCUGAUUUGGUUAUUAGCAUACGGCUCAAAGAAACAGUGUCUCGCGAAUUAAAGGACUGGCCUAAAAAGCGCAUUGCUGUGGAAGACCCAUAUUCAGUCAAAAGGAAUGUGGCAAGAACUCUGAACAGCCAGCUAGUGUAUGAGUAUAUUCUUCACUGCCUCAGAACAACGUACAAGUAUUUUGCCUUGCCUCACAAAAAACCUACAAAGUUCCGCAAAAAAAGCCCUCCAAAUGCCAAUGAGGAGAAAUCCCAAAUGCUGGACCUUGAGAAAGAUGCUAUAAAGCACGAAAAUUCUGAAUUGCAAAAUUUGGAUGACAGAACAAACAGAGCAAUGGUAGAAGAUUGCAUAAUUGAGAGUACAGGUGUCCCUCAAACACAUAGAAUUGAUCCUUCAAAACUAUGUGAUGGCUCAGAAAGCUUGACUGAAGAAGAACUGGCUGAUGAUAUAAGUCAUUUGGGAAUUACUCAUGAAGAUUCAGACUGUAUAAUUGAAGAAAUUAUUUCUGGAGAUAAUGAAGACUUUAAACCAAGUUGUGAAGAGACAGAAAGUGGGAAUGAAGAAGAAUAUUAUGAGGAAGAACAUGAACAAGAAAGAAGAUGGAAUAAUAACUUGAUGACAACUGAUCAGGGAAUAGAUGAAGACAGUGAGAGCGGAGAUCUCCCUGUGACAGUGAGUGAGCAUGAUAUAGAAACAUGCAGUACUUCAGACCUGGAAGGUUUUCAAAACACUGCAUUUAUAGAGUGUGAUGAGUAUGGCUUAGAGUGCAGUGGUAUAAUGGAUGAUAAAGAUGAUGAGAGCACGGAAGGUACUGAUGAAUUGGAUGAAUCCCCAAACAAAUUCAUAUCUUUAACACAGAAUCAGAUAUCUGAAAUGAUUAACUCAGAUGAUGAGGAUGAAGAGGAGGAAGAACCAAGUCUUCUAAACAAGACAAAGUGCAGUGAUACCAGAAGAGCUGAAGCUGAACUAGAUAACACAUACACUGGAUCUGGAGAUGAGGAUGCGCUGUCGGAGGAGGAGGAGGAAGAUUUGUCCAUCCCUAUUGAAUAUGAAGAAAAACAUCUCAAGGAAAAAGUGGAUAGAUCUAUGAGGAUCAAUUUGAGUCAAGAGAAUCUUACUGAGAGAAGAAGCUCUUCUGAAGAGAACACAGCUGUAGAACAGUGUUUGGAUUCUGAACUUGUUUAUGAAUUCAGUAAGCCAGCUUUUACAAAGGGCAAGUCUCCUACAGUAGUAUGUAGCUUGUGCAAACGGGAAGGUCACUUGAAGAGAGAUUGUCCAGAAGACUUCAAGAAGAUUGAGCUCGACCCUCUGCCAAUGCUGACACCAAAAUUUUCAUUUAUUUUAGAUCAAGUUUGUAUCCAGUGUUACCAGGAUUUUGCUCCAAAUAUUGUAGAGGAUCAGGCUCGGGAACAUAUACGACAAAAUUUAGAAAACUUCAUUAGACAGGACUUCCCAGGAACCAAGCUGAAUUUGUUUGGCUCCUCCAAAAAUGGUUUUGGCUUCAAACAAAGUGAUCUUGAUAUCUGUAUGACAAUUGAUGGACUGGAAACUGCUGAGAGCCUUGACUGCAUCAGAAUCAUUGAAGACUUAGCAAAAGUUCUCAAGAAACAUUCAGGUUUAAGAAAUGUCUUGCCUAUAACAACUGCCAAAGUCCCAAUUGUCAAAUUCUUCCAUGUCAGAAGUGGUCUUGAAGUAGACAUCAGUUUAUAUAAUACUCUGGCCUUGCAUAACACAAGACUCCUGUCAUCAUAUGCAGCCAUUGAUUCUAGAGUAAAGUAUCUAUGCUACACAAUGAAAGUCUUUACAAAGAUGUGUGACAUUGGAGAUGCAUCUCGAGGUAGCCUUUCUUCUUAUGCAUAUACUCUUAUGGUGCUUUAUUUUCUUCAACAAAGAAAUCCACCUGUUAUCCCUGUUCUUCAAGAGAUCUACAAAGAACCAAAGAAGCCUGAAAUUUUAGUUGAUGGAUGGAAUGUUUAUUUCUUUGAUAAGCUAGAAGAGUUGGCUGUCAUCUGGCCAGAAUUUGGAAAAAACACUGAAUCUGUUGGGCAGCUGUGGCUUGGACUUCUUCGUUUCUACACAGAGGAAUUUGAUUUUAAAGAGCAUGUCAUAUGCAUUAGGAGAAAAAGUCUGCUUACAACUUUCAAAAAGCAAUGGACUUCCAAAUACAUAGUAAUUGAAGAUCCUUUUGAUCUGAACCACAAUCUUGGAGCUGGAUUAUCAAGAAAAAUGACAAACUUUAUAAUGAAGGCCUUUAUCAAUGGGAGGAGGGUAUUUGGUACCCCUAUAAAAAUAUUUCCUAAAGAAUAUCCAUCAAAAAUGGAGUAUUUCUUUGAUCCAGAGGUACUGACAGAAGGGGAACUGGCACCGAACGAUAGAUGCUGCAGAAUUUGUGGUAAAAUUGGCCAUUUCAUGAAAGACUGUCCCAUGAGAAGAAAGCCUAUGAACCCUGCAGGCUUUUUCUUCUCCUGCAGACUGAGGCGACGACAUGAUUAUGAAGAUAUCAAAAACCAAAAGUACACAGAAAACAAAGAGAAAAGAAACAAAGAGGACAAAGAAAUUCAGAGUAAAACAACAGAAAAAGAGAGCUCAACUAAUGAGGGAAAGCUGCAGCUAUGUACACCUCAGAAGAGCAAAAUAGCAAGAGGAACAGCAGAAACUGGAAGAGACAAGGCUUCCAGGCAAUCAGCAGAAAAGUGGAAGCGUCUGGAAGACAGAGAUUUGAGAGAAAAACGUUGUUUUAUCUGUGGAAGAGAAGGUCACAUUAAAAAAGAAUGCCCACAGUAUAAAGGACCUACAGGUAGUUCAAAAUCUGAAGUGUUAUGUGGAUCCCCUUCUUUAUCCAGUGCUGCAAAACAUGCUGGUAGAUUAAAUCAGGGAAUGCUUAUACAUGAAGAAAAAAAGAAACAAAAAGGAAAAGUGUUUUUGAGUCCCCAAUCAGGCAGCCUUUCCAAUAAAUACAUGACUCAGGGAAAAGCCUCACAGAAGAGGACCCAGCAAGAAUCAUGAGGGAUAGGAAGCACUGUUAAAUUGCAAUACAGGCCAUUCAUUCAUCUUAAACUUUUCCCUUCUUUGGCUAAAGCAUCUGGAUUCACAGGACAGCAGCAUAAAUGAUCUUCAACUUAACUUUAAAGAGACAUGGUAUUUUAUUUUAGAUUGCUAGUCCAAAAAAACUGCAGAUUUUAAUACCAUCACCUACCAUGGACCCCUGCUCUGAAAUAGAUUAUUUGAGCAUUUUAAUGGAAAGCAAUGAUGUUUUGUAUUUGUUUACUAGGUAAAACAUGUAGAUAAGAGCAGGUACUAAAACUGGACCAUUUUCAAGAUUUUAUUGUUCAACUUAAUCCUUUCAAAAUGCACUAAAAUUGUGUGCAAGCCAAAUAAAUGAUCUAUUUUCUUCAAAAAUUGUGGUUUUUUUUGAAGAGGAAAUAGUAUUUAUUUAUGUUGGUUGCUUAUUGAAUCCUUGUAUAAGUGUUUAAAAUGUUUGUAGACUGCUACAGCUGUGUUGCAAACUUUUUUUCUGUAGACAACUGAAAACAUGAUAAGUAAAUUUAUUUAAAAAAAAUCUCUGUGGACAAGCA